GAGCGGGGCCCGCCCGGCGCAGCGGCCGCACCGGGACCGGACCGGGGGCAGCGGCCGCACCGGCACAGCGAGGACCCUGCGGCCUCUCGAGCCGCGCCGGGCAGCGCCGCGGGGUCAUUGCGGCGCUCACCGGGGCCGCCUCUACCCCUCGGCCCUGCGCAGGGCGCCGGCGGCACCCGCCCCUUCCCCCGCGGCCUCGCUGUCUCAGGCCUUUCUUAAAUCUUUCCAUGUCUAAAUGGACUCCUGAAUGUAAUAUAGUUUAUACUCUAAAAGCGGAUAUGAAGAGUGAAGUUCCUUCUGAUGCACCAAAGAGACAGGAGAGUCUGAAGGGGAUCCUCUUGAACCCUGAGCCUAUUGGGGCAGCCAAAAGCUUCACUGCAGAAGUUGAGAUGAUUGCCAGUAAAGUAGGGAAUGAGUUCUCUCACUUGUGUGGUGAUUCUCAAAAACAAAAGGACAUGAAUGGCAACCAUACAGACCAAGAAAAAGGUAUUGUGGUGCGAAAAAAACGCAAGAGCCAGCAGGCUGGUCCUUCAUACACUCAAAACUGUCCUGAUAAAGAAAAUAAAGGAGUCUUGGGAUUGAGACAGCAUCUAGAAACACAGAGUGAAGACAAUGAUUCUUCUUUUAGUGACUGUAUCUCUUCACCUUCCUCUAGCUUGCAUUUUGGAGACUCUGACACAGUAACAUCUGAUGAAGAAAAAGAUGCUCCUGUGAGACACUCUCAGGCAGUGUUGAAUACUCCAAGUAGAACUCACAGUGCAAGGUCACACAAGUGGCCUCGGACUGAGGCAGACUCUGUACCCGGGUUAUUGAUGAAAAGGCCCUGUUUUCACAAUAGUUCUUUAAGAAGACUUCCAUAUAGGAAGAGAGUUGUGAAAACAGGUUCAUCACAGCGGACACAGAACCAAAAAGAACGAAUUUUAAUGCAGAGGAAAAAGCGGGAAGUGUUAGCUCGAAGAAAGUAUGCUUUACUCCCCAGUUCUAGCAGCUCCAGUGAGAAUGAUCUCAGUACUGAAUCUUCUUCCAGUUCAUCUACUGAAGGGGAGGAAGACUUGUUUGUGUCCCCUGGUGAAAACCACCAGAAUAGCACAGCUGUUCCUUCAGGAAGUAUCGAUGAAGAUGUUGUGGUGAUUGAAGCGUCCUCCACUCCCCAAGUCACUGCUAACGAAGAAAUAAAUGUUACCUCAACAGAUAGUGAAGUGGAGAUUGUCACUGUUGGUGAAAACUACAGGUCUCGUUCUGCUCUUGGACACUCGAGAUCACACUGGGGCCAGAGCUCCAGUUCCCACGCUGCCCGGCCUCCGGAGCAGCGAUCCCGAAGCAGGAUCUCCACAGUCAUUCAGCCCCUGAGGCAGAACGCAGCUGAAGUCGUGGACCUCACCGUGGAUGAAGAUGAGCCGACAGUUGUGCCAACCACAUCAGCUCGAGUGGAGCCGCAGGUUGUGAGUUCUGCUUCCACUACCAGCUCCAGUACGUCUACCUCAGAGCAGGCCUCUGAUGCAGCUCCAAACGUCUCCACCAGCCAGCCCUCUGCAGCACCAGAGACCACUCCCAGUCUCCCCAGUGGCAGCACUGCUGGUACUUCAGCUGGAGAUGAAAUGAGAAGAGCUGCAUCUAAUUCGACACUGGAAACUGGCCCUCCGGCCAUGCCAAGGCUACCAUCGUGCUGCCCCCAGCAUUCUCCUUGUGGAGGACCUUCACAGACUCAUCAUGCAUUGGGGCACCCACAUACAAGCUGCUUUCAGCAGCAUGGCCACCACUUCCAGCACCACCACCACCACCACCACAAUCCUCACCCAGCUGUCCCGCUAUCUCCUUCGUUCAGUGAUUCCAGCUGCCCUGUGGAAAGGCCUCCCCCCGUGCCUGCCCCAUGUGGAGCAGGCAGCAGUUCUGGCACCAGUUACCACGAGCAGCAGGCAUUGCCAGUAGACUUAAGCAGCAGUGGUAUCAGAAGUCAUGGAAGCGGUGCUUUCCAUGGAACAUCUGCUUUCGAUCCGUGCUGCCCUGGCUCUUCGUCACGCACGACGCUCUACGGGCACCAGGCGGGCGCUGGGCCCAGCCAGUCGCUGGCGAUAGACGGGUACGGAUCGGGCAUCGUGGCACAGCCUCAGCCGCAGCCGCCGCCCCAGGCAUCGCUCUCCUCCUGCCGCCAUUACAUGCAUUCUCCUUAUGCUUCCUUGACCAGACCUCUUCACCAUCAAGCUUCUGCAUGUCCUCACUCUCAUGGAAAUCCUCCUCCACAGCCACAGCCUCCACCUCAAGUGGAUUAUGUUAUCCCUCAUCCAGUGCAUCCCUUUCAUCCUUCAAUCUCCUCUCAUGCGUCUUCUCAUCCUGUUCCACCUCCACCACCAACUCAUCCCUUAGCCAAUGCAGCUGCUCCAAUACCACAGCAUCUCCCUGCAACACACCAGCCUAUAUCCCAUCACAUCCCUGCAACAGCACCUCCAGCACAGAGGCUACAUCCUCAUGAAGUGAUCCAGAGGAUGGAGGUCCAGAGAAGAAGAAUGAUGCAACAUCCAACACGCGCUCAUGAGCGGCCUCCUCCACAUCCUCACAGAAUGCAUCCCAAUUAUGGUCAUGGGCAUCACAUCCAUGUGCCUCAGACUAUGUCUUCCCAUCCUCGACAGGCUCCAGAGAGAUCUGCCUGGGAACUAGGAAUUGAAGCUGGUGUGACUGCAGCCACUUACCCUCCAGGGCCCUUGCAUCCUCACUUGGCCCACUACCAUGCACCUCCUCGACUGCAUCACUUGCAAAUAGGGGCUCUUCCUCUAAUGGUACCAGACAUGGCGGGCUACCCUCACAUCCGUUACAUUUCAUCGGGAUUGGAUGGAACAUCAUUCAGAGGCCCUUUCAGGGGCAAUUUUGAGGAGCUGAUUCACUUGGAGGAACGACUAGGCAAUGUUAAUCGUGGAGCAACACAGGGAACUAUAGAAAGAUGCACAUAUCCCCAUAAAUACAAAAAGGUAACAACUGAUUGGUUCUCACAGAGGAAACUGCACUGCAAACAAGAUGGGGAGGAAGGAACAGAAGAAGACACAGAGGAAAAGUGCACCAUCUGUUUGUCUAUAUUGGAGGAAGGUGAAGAUGUCAGGCGCCUUCCAUGUAUGCACCUUUUCCACCAAGUAUGUGUAGAUCAGUGGUUGAUUACUAACAAGAAGUGCCCCAUUUGCAGAGUGGACAUUGAGGCUCAGCUGCCUAGUGAAAGUUGACACUGCUUUCCAGAACUCUUGUCCUCCCUCUCGCUCCCUCUCAUCCUUCCUGGUACUGCAGUCAACCAAAGAUGGCAUGACUUACCUGCGCAGAUUUGGAAGCAUUGAACCCAGAGUGCUGGCUCUGCUAUAUGGUACAACUAAUGCUAGACCUACAGUGUAUGUAGAAGACAGUUGAGUUUCAGUGUAUUUAUAAUUUUUUUUUUUUUAGGUUUUACAUUUUUUUCUUUAAAUUCAUUACUGUAUUUUUUGCAUGGUUCCUUGUAUUGCAUUUGUUUGCACAUAUUAUGGGCUUUGUGACCCCAAACUUGCAGGCGAGAUUAGCUGCUUUAGUAAGUAGAAUUGUGUGGUCUCUUUUUUGGUUUGUUUUACGUAGUAUCAAGCUUUGAAAGUAUGAUUUCACUCAUUACUAACCUCAAAUUCCUUAAUUUAAUCGAUCAUAUAUAUUUUAGUUUAAAUGUAUAAAGAUCAUCUAGAAAAGGAUAAUAUUAUGUAUUGAGACAUUCCUUAAUUAGGAAAAAAUGGCUGCUGUAUAUUUACAAGAUCAGUUAUGAGUCAAAUAACAUCCUUAAUACUGGGAACAGAAUAUGAACUAUAUUCAGUUUGACUGAUACAUAUAGCAUACUCACCACCAGAGUUUUUGUCUGAUCAGAUUCUUGUGUUUGUUUUUAAAAUUUCAGCACAAUGCGGAUAUAUUUGAAUGUCAAUAUUAAACAUUUAGACUGCUGUUCAGAUUGUAUUUAUCAUUUUCUUCUAUGUCUAGAAAUUUGAAUCCCUAACUUAAAUAUAUGCUGCUGUGAAACAGCUCUUAGUGAACACUAAAUGUUGGUUUCAGUUAGCUGGAUUGUAGAUACUUGCAGAUUGAAAGAAUUAUUAGGGACAUGGAAAAAGAGCUUAGAAUCUGUUUGGUCUUCUGCUAACUUAAGUUGAAGUAUCUGCGCACAUUGAGGGUUGGUUUGUUUUUUUUUUUGUUGUGUUUUUUUGUUUGUUUGUUUGGGUUUUGUUGGUUUGUGGUUUUCUUAAUAUAAAACCAUUCAAUAAGGAAUUAAAGCUGCAGGGUUUUUGUUUGGGUUUAUAUACGUGAAUUCAUAGAUUUUUUUAAGGAUUCCAGGCUUGUCUUGGGACUUUUAUUAGAUUUAAAGUUAAUAAAGUUAGCUAAAUCCACUUGUCUCUUGUUUUUAUUUUUCAUUAGUAAGUUGAAAGCCUGUAAAUUCCUGUAGAAAUUGAGAUACAAAUUAUGUGGUUACCUAGUUUUUGCCUUGAUCAUAGAUUCCCUCUUUAUAAAUUACCAACAGUCCAUCACUGAUUGAAAUAUUUUCUAUAGUUAAGAUUUGCUGCAUAGUAUAGUAUAUAGAAUUAAGUUAUAACAUACUAACAUUUUGCCUUUGAAGGAGGUUUUAAUCUAUAUCAGGAUUCAAGUUGCUCAUCAACAUUCUUUCACGUAUGAUAGAUUAUAGUUUAUUUAAAUGUGCUCAACAUUGCAAAAUGCAAAUGUGCAAAAACAUUGAGACAGUAUUACUGUCACUUUGGAAAAGAUGUUCCUUGGGGAUCAUAUAUGAACAUGUCUAUUAGCUUGCAUUAAGCCACCUGCUUUGUAAGUGGAUUGAAUAAUAAAUACCUUCAGUUUCUCUUGU